UUUUUCCUGCACACGAGCACAUAUUCUACUAGAACCUAUAGAAGCCAUAGCCGCAACUCUUGUGAGCUAGACUGAUAUUCCUCCAGCAGCAAGGAGCCACCUUUCUACCCGUCGUACGUGUGUUGUGCUGUGAGCUCGCGUGAAAACUACGCUACUGUCCCACUCUUUAUUGAUAAACUUGAGUUAUGGCUGCAUCAAUUGUGAAUCGAUUGAGAAUUGUGAUUCAAAAUUUUGAAAACAUCUUGGGCAUCAGCACAAAAGGAUAUCCAGAUGCGUUUUGCCUUGUUGGGUGCGAAACAAACAGUUUAGCGAAAAACAGCCAGCCCCCGUUUUCUAUUAAGGAUAUCAUUGGCGAUGGGCUGCUAUGGGCUGUGCCAAAACACAGGAGAUCCUUGGAAAAAAGGCUAAAAAGGAAGUUUGGCCAUCCUGACUACAAUCUUAAAAUCCUUCUUCCAAAUAACAAUAUAAGGACUUGCACUAAAUGUGGAGAUGACCAUGAAGCAGGAGUAUUAUGUCCAACUUGUUACAAGAAAGUCAUUGAUGAAACCAAAGAAAUGCAGGAUGCAAUUCAAACAGAGUUAAAACUGGAUCCAGUGGAAAAAGAAGUUGUUGUCUUGUAUGAUGGAGAAAAGGGAGAGAAACCUGAAGAAUUUUGGGAAGGAAAAAGAGUAGUUGAACUAAAAAGAGAAAGACCAGCUUGGUUUAGUAAAAAUCUCUUACAACAAUCCACCCAGAAACAAACCACAACCAAAGAUGUUAAACCUUCAGAAUUAGGAUAAAUAUAUAUAAUAUAAUAUGCAUAUAUUAGGGUGAUUCAUUUCCGCAAAGUUUUUGUUUUUUUUUCGGUGCUCAAGCAAAAUAUUAAUCUGCAUAUAGGAAAAAACAUUCUCACCAAAUUUGAGCUCUUAAUAUUAAUUUUAAGCACUAUUUAAAUUUAAAGUUUUACCGUUUAAAAUGCAUGUAAAAAAUAUAUUUUUUU